UAGAGUGGAGGAGAGCUACUCCGUCAUUAACCUUUGGCAGGGAGAGGAGCAAUAUUUGAGGAUUUAAAUGGGGAAUUAAGAGAGGAACCCGUUUUAGGGUAUCGUAAGAGACCACAGUCUUCGUCACCACACUUAAAAAACUGGGUUUGUUUGGAUAAUACCACUAGUGCUCCGAGGUUUUGAGCUUCUUGACGCGGAAGCUAACUGGCUAACCUGAUUAGCUUGGAAAAGUGCUUGGUCGACUAGUCAACAUUACAACUAGGCUGACUUUACCAAGCAGCCAAAGAGCAACAGCUCUGUCAAAGAUGUCCUGAGACUAAAGAAAACGAUUUGCUAGGCGAGCCGUCAAACUCUUUGAACCAUAGUUACUGUGGUCCACGAGUUUUGACGCUUGCUUGAUAGCGUUUUAACACAACACUUGAUCCAGGUGACACGCAGCCGUUCAUGACCUGUCGCUUGCAAAAUUGUACCCGCCGCCCAUCCUCCUCCUUGGGCUAGAGUCUACGAUGGGCCCCCUGCUGAGCUAGUAGGACGCGUGAAAGCACACUAAAUCCCCACUAACCAUGGGAGGAUGUGUGGGAAGAUACUGGGAAAGAUGGGACAACACACAGAGAAGAGGCUCCACUAGGAACGGUGGUCGGGGAGGACGUAAUGAGCCGCUAAAGAAAGAUCGACCCAAAUGGAAGAGUGACUAUCCGAUGACAGAGGGCCAGCUGCGGAGCAAGCGGGAUGAGUUUUGGGACACCGCGCCCGCUUUUGAGGGCCGCAAGGAGAUCUGGGACGCCUUGAAAGCCGCCGCUGUUGCUCUGGAGUGUAACGAUCACGAGCUGGCCCAAGCAAUAGUAGAUGGUGCCAGUAUCACCCUGCCACAUGGUACUCUGACGGAGUGUUACGACGAACUUGGCAAUCGCUACCAGCUGCCCGUCUAUUGCCUUGCUCCGCCUGUCAACCUCAUCUCAGAGCGCAGCGACGAGGACAACAGCGACAGUCCCCAGCUUCAUGCAUCACCCAAGAAAGAAUUUCAGCUGAAGGUUCGCCUCUCCUCAGGUAAAGACCUUCGCCUCAGCACCAGCAUGACGGACACUAUCGGUCAGCUGAAGAAGCAGUUGCAGGCCCAGGAGGACAUAGACGCCACCCACCAGCGCUGGUUCUUCUCAGGCAAACUUCUCACAGACAAGACGCGGCUUCAAGACACAAAGAUCCAGAAGGACUUUGUCAUACAAGUUAUUGUCAACCCUCAGGGUCUCCCCAAGACUGCUCCUGCCAGCGGCACCCCUGCAUCGGAAUAGCUGGGGUCAGAGAGGAUGCGGAAGCUGACUGUGGCGGUAACAAGCUACGUUAGGGGAGACAUUUUAUUCUAAAAUGGAUUCAAGCCACCACACUACACAUGCAUUUGCCCUUUUAUCAGAACAGAACUAAAGCUCACUUGGUGCCAAUGGAAAACACAAGGAAGUGUUUUUGUGGACAUCUACGUAUUGACACCACAAUCCUUUUCCUUAGCAAGGGAACGGCGCAAUCUCUUGAACAUUUUCUUUCACUAUUGUGGAAAUAAUGUUCAUGGCGCUUUUUUUUUUUUUUUUUUUUUUGCACAUUUGAAGAUUUUUCCUUGUAGUAGUGGUGUGCUUCUACAGGACAACUCAAUAAGGGUUCAGAAAGAUGCUAGGGUAACCCUGUCUCUUAGAUCAGUCUAAGCUAUGCUGCCUUUGUGGUGAUUUCUUGUUAGGAAAUCAUUGUGUGCUUGUAUGCGUAUGUGUGGACAGGAAUCUAUAACCCUCACAUUAUUGCAUAUCUUAUUCAGGAACGACAGUAGUUUAUAAAGGAAAUUAAGAAUUCCUAUCCAAAUACAGUGUUACCGGCUGUAACGUCAGCUGCUGAUGCUACCAAGGGUCAUUUUAGUUGUUUUUCUCUCAACCAGUCCAGUAAUGAAUCCCUUUACUGAUGGUGAUCUCCAGUCUGGCUGGGUUGAAAGUGUUUCUUGUCCUUAACUGGUACAAAGAAGCCUUAUGGGAAUGUUUUAUGUAAGCUUUGGAUCCAACUAGGGAUGGGCAUUUGACUGCAUUUCUUGGAUUGGUUAUGGUAAUCGUCCAUUUUAUUCUUAAUGGGAUGGGAGAAUCACUGAUUGUUCUGAACUCCUGUUUCAGUCUCAGGUGGAGUGGCAAAAGCAUGGCUAUAGCGCAACUUCCGCUAGCUCAGGGGUCGGCAACCUUUACCAUCAAAAGAACCAUUUUGCCUCCUUCCAGGAAAAAAAAAAAAAAAAAAAGUCGGGUGCCACAAAACAUUACACAGCUUAUAAACGCAUAAUUGUAAUCUUUUUAACAUAUUACCUGUUACAACCACAAAAUUCAGCAAGGCCUACUCUGAAAUGAUUUAAACACUUAACUCUGUAGGUUUUAAUGAGUGGUUGCCAUAUUUGUGUAAAAUUAAAACAAAAUGUAGCCAACUUUACGUAAAAAAAAAAAAAGUCCAUCAGAGCUCACAUAUCUUUACAUGAGUGCUGUUUGCUCAAUACGUUUAUGCCUGCGCUGAAUUGUCAUCAGUAACCAUUCUAUUGGUCCUGUCUUUGCAUUUUCUGAAUAUUUUCGGAAUAAUUUCAUGUUAAUUUCCUGUUUAUUUUUCAAUUCGGAGAAUAGAUGCGCUGAUAUUUUUAUGAACGAUGCUUUCAUGUAUUCUCCCAUCUGUGAAUGGCUUCCCAUCUCAUGUGCAGCCCAGUGUUGCCAACUUUCUCACUAAAUCUGGCGACUUUCCAAGCCCCCUUGGUGACUUAUUUCCUCAAAAGCGACUAGCGACAAAUGUUAAGACUUUUCCUCGUCGUUGGGAGAUUUUUCUGGUAUUUGGAGACAUGAAAGUGAGAGCAUGUAUUGUUGUGAGCGGUGAGUGCAGUCAGCAGCGUUCUAAAACAUAUUGACAUGCUCUCGUUUAUUCGUUGUUUUAUUUUACUGUGCAGUAACUUGCUUCAGACUCAACUCAAAACUCCCUCGCCUUUUUUCCCUCUCCCACGCAGUGAGACUUGCUGCAUACCCUAGCCUGCCUCCCGCUCCCUUGCUCAUCCAAUCAGCAGUCAGAAUGCAUUCUAGAUGCAUUCACGGACAUGCGGUGAGUCAGAUAUUUCACAAUCUUUUCGAAAAUGCACAUUUCCCCUUCUUCGGUGUUAAAAAAAGUCACUGCGCUCAGCGAGGAAGGAGGCUGAAGAGCCGCAUGUGUCUCCGGAGCCGCGGGUUGCCGACCCCUGCCCUAGCUGAUGCUCUUCUUGACAGUGGUUCUCAACUGGUUUGGCUGUGGGACCCAUCAGCACCCCUCAACGACAAGCGGCGACCCAAAAUUGCAGAAAUGUUUCAACACAAACGUGUCCAAUAUCUUAUAUUUAAAGGGACCGUUUGCAACACAUUGUCAGUUGCAGAGAUGCUGUCUCCCUCUUUAUGGCGCGCUCUUCUCUGGCAGAUAUCUGCAGCUGUGUGUUGGACGGACGGCACAUUACACCUCGAAUAGCACAGACAAGAACGCAAGGUGCAUUCACGGACAUUGGGUCAUUAGAUUAUUUUUUUUUGUUUAUUUUAUAUUGCGCCCAGGCAAAGACCCGCGACCCACUGAAAACGGCUCCGAGACCCACUUUUGGGUCCCGACCCACCAUUUGAGACUCCCCACACUCAAGUUGAGUAUGAAACAGCGCCUCUGGUGGUUGCAGCAAAGUAGUGCACUCCAUUGUACCUCAACUCAAGCACAGUUAUGCUGCAAUUUACCGUCAAGCUGUCAUCAGGCUGAAAAUGUGUUAAAUGUAUACAUGAAAUCAGAAUAGGGACCUCAGACAAAUGAAAUGAUUUAGUUGUACUUCCUGUUUGCAGAUGACGGGACGGUGGUAUGCGUUCUGAAAGUGACAGGUCUGCAAGGCAACACCGUUUGUAAACACUUCUCCCUGUUAGCAAAAAAAAAAAAAAAGAAAAAGAAAUGAAGAGCUUUAUUGCUAUUAAAUAGCUUUCAGGUCAUAUUCUUCAAGCUGGAAAAAAAAAACCCUGUAGCGCCACACUUCAGUCAGUCAGUGCAAUGCAAGUGCUACGGUCACUUUUGUACUACGCAUGCAACAUCAUGAAGUAUCCACCACUUACAUGUUUUAAAUAGCACAAUCAUGGCCACGCCUCACCUCAUCAUGACUUUCUAUUCCAUUUUUGUCCUAUUCAGCCUUGCAGCUUGUCUGCAGUGUUUCUUAUUCUGUUAACUUGAAUAUGCAUUUUCUCUGUAUGUGCAAUACACUUUAGACAUAGGCCUUCUAUUUUGUGUUUUUUGUUCCUGACUGUGGAUUUGAUAGAACACCAGCUCGUGUUAAUGUGAUAUAUCCUAACUGCGGGAACAACCCUUCUAUAUUUUAAUCACCCUGCCUGUGGCAACACUUUCACAUUUGACACUUUGUAAGGUAUUCCGAGUUGUCACCCAGGCCUCUUAUCCUGGGUGUUUGUCUUUUACAAAUUAAAUAUCAGAAUUAUGAACAAUGUAUAUGGAAU